AGGUGACAUGUGCUCCUGUAACUGUAUAUAAGAAAAGCCCAACAUUCAGAGCAGCACUACAACAACCUCCUCGACCAUCUGCGAGACACUCUGCUCAAGACUAAAAGGUGUGAUCACUGUAACCAUGCUGAAGGUAGCACUUGUGCUUGGAUGCCUCCUGAGCAUCGCUCUGGCUCAUCCUGUGGAGCACAAACGACUUGCUCGGUCUGAGUCCGACUCUGACUCGGGGUCCAAUGAGGCCAGGCCAAAGCCUGUGCCAGUACCUGUGCCAGUACCUGUGCCAGCGCCAGUGCCGGCCCCAGCCCCAGCCCCGGCUGCCCCGGCUGCCCCGGCCCUCCCGGAUUUUGUCAAGAACUUUUUUGAUGUGCUUUCCAAACUGGCAACUCCACCUACUCCUCCUAAAAAGUAAAAUCUGAAAUGUAACCAGAGAUUGAUGAGUACAGAAAAAAAAAACAGUAUUUAAUGAGACAGAUGUUUGACAUGAGCUUUGUUUUGUGUCAGUUUGUCAUGUCAACUGUCUCGUUUUCUCUAUUCAAAUUGUAAUGACGUUAUCUUAACCAUGAUGUUGUUACACUCAUCAUUGUAGUUCACUCAAACAUGCAGAUCCAAAUCACUUUAU